UUUGAAGAAAAUAUUGUUUAUCAAAAUAAAAGAUAUACUGUAAAGUUUCCUUGGAAAACAAAUAUGAAAGAAUAUUUAGCUAAUAACUUUGAAGUGGCUAAAAGGAGGUUUUCGCAUUUAAAAUCAAAAUUUAUUAAAGAUAAUUCGUUGUUUUUAGAUUAUAAAGCUGUUAUUGAAGAUCAUUUAAAAGAAGGUAUCAUUAAGAAAGUUAUAACAUGGGAAGAAGAAAAACCUUCAUUUUAUUUGCCUCACAGGGCGGUAAUAAGGGAAGAUAAAACUACCACUCGUUUGAGAGUGGUAUUUGACGCGAGUUCUCAUGCGAAAGGACAGUUGUCGUUAAAUGAUUGUUUACAUACUGGUAUCAAUCUCAUUCCAGAUCUUUUUGAGAUUUUAAUAGGUUUUAGAGUACAGGCUGUUGCCAUAACUGCCGACAUAAAGAAGGCCUUUCUGCAAAUACAGAUUGCCGAAGAAGAUCAGAAUUAUACUAGUUUCUUCUGGACGGAAGAUCCGGAAAAGGAAGAAGAGGAAAUUUUCAAGAUGACUCGAGUUCUUUUCGGUGUCAAAUCAAGCCCCUUCCUCCUUGCAGCUACAAUCCAAUACCAUCUAAAGAGAUGGUCUCUCAUCCAGUCUCUUAGAUCCAAAUUUUGGAAAAGAUGGAGUCAAGAAUAUCUCAACUCCUUGCAGUCUCGAGCUAAAUGGAAACUACCUGAACUGAACAUCAAACCCGGACAGCUGGUACUCCUGAAGGAUAAUAGCAAGAGCCCCAUGGAAUGGAACUUGGCCCGAAUUGAAAGGAUAUAUCCUGGAACAGAUGGACUAGUCCGUGUCGCAGACAUCAGAACCCCUAAAGGAAUUUUUCGGCGAAGUAUCAACAGACUCUGCCCACUCCCUUUCGAAGAAGGUGUUGGACAACUGUCCAACGGGGGCCGGGAUGUUCCGUCUUAGAGACGCCUUUCCCCUAUUACAGCUGUAGUCAUC